UUCUCCCGAUUUUAACCAUUUUCUUUCACCGCCAAUUUUACUCUCUACUGUCUACUUGCUCAAAAACCCUAGGAUACGCCUCUCCCCGCCCCCUGCCCACAUGGACGGCUCCACGGCGGAGCUUGUCGCCACAGGACCGAAAGUUUCCGAGGCGCCACCAUCAGGCGGCGGCGGAGCAGCGGCUCGGCUAACACCGGAGGAGCUGGUGGCCAAAGCCAUAGCCCCAGUCAAGAAGGACUUCAUUCGUCCUCCUCCUGCCAGGGCUUCCACCAAUGACGCCAACGACGACGCUUCGGAGUCAAAGCGUGCUCCUUCAACCCUUCUCAAGGAGAAGAAAUCCAAAAAGCAACUCAAAAGAGAGCGACGUCAGGAAAAGAAGUCGGCAGCAUAUCUUUGUCCCGAAGUUGCAAGAAGUGGAGAUGCUAGUUCAUGCCCUUACAAUGAUAAGUGCCGCUUCAGCCAUGAUGUGGAAGCCUUCAAAGCUCAGAAACCAGCUGAUCUAGAGGGAGAAUGCCCUUUCUUCAGUGCUGAAGGGCCAUGCCCUUAUGGCUUGGCAUGUAGGUUUGCAGGUACGCAUAAAGAUGUUCUUUCUGGAGAAGCUUUGACUGGUCGAAAGAAGGGCUCUGAAAUGAACGGAUUGAAGAAAGAUAUCCAGAAGCUUCUGUGGAAAAACAAAAUGAGGUUCCAAAAGGCAGAUGCUCAACUAAAACUUCUUGGACUUCUGGGAAAGAUGAAUACUAAAAACAAGAUGCCCUCUGAUAAGGAGGAUUGUGACCAAACUCUUUCAAAUGUGUCUCCUACUGCCGACAAGAAUGGUUGCAGUGAACUGGCCUGUGAGUCAAGUAAGCAAAUGGAGUCUCCUGCUACUGACAAUAAUGGUUGCAGUGAAGUGGUUUAUGUUUCAGAUAAUCAAAUGGAUCACGCUCCACAACCACCAGCAGAAGAUGAUACUGCUCAUUUGGCAUCUGCAACUGAUGAAAUUAGACCACUGAAGAAAGCAAAAUCUUCAGUAGAUGAAAACUGUUGUAAAGAUUUACACGAUGGUGACAGUGUCCUGGAGAAUCACGAACAAAGCUUCUCUCAAUCAGGAAAUACAACUGACUGUGCUUCCACAGAAACUGAUAGAUGCCUCAAGUUGCAUCCACGUGAGAAGAAACUCAUUGAUUUCCGAGAAAAACUCUAUCUUGCACCUUUGACCACCGUUGGGAAUCUUCCUUUUCGAAGGAUUUGCAAGGUGUUAGGAGCUGAUGUAACAUGUGGUGAGAUGGCAAUGUGCACAAAUCUCUUGCAGGGUCAAGCUUCCGAAUGGGCACUGCUUAGACGUCAUUCAUCUGAAGAUUUGUUUGGGGUUCAGAUAUGCGGGGCAUAUCCUGAUACAGUUACACGGACAAUUGAACUUAUAGAUCGGGAAUGUGCAGUGGACUUCAUUGAUAUCAAUAUGGGUUGCCCAAUUGAUAUUGUUGUUAAUAAGGGUGCAGGAUCAGCUCUACUUACAAAACCAAUGCGGAUGAAAGGCAUCAUACAAGCAGCUUCUUCUACAGUUGAUAGACCUAUUACUGUCAAGGUACGAACUGGUUAUCUUGAGGGAAGAAACCGCAUCGAUGCAUUAAUUGAAGGUAUUGGACAGUGGGGAGCCAAUGCAGUAACAAUACAUGGACGGUCACGUCAGCAACGCUAUAGUAAGCUUGCUGAUUGGGAGUACAUCUACCAGUGUGCAAGAAAGGCCCCAGAUGCAUUACAAGUCCUGGGUAAUGGGGAUGUGUUUUCAUAUUCAGACUGGAACAAGCACAAAUCUGAUUGCCCUCAGCUUUCUACAUGCAUGAUUGCCCGAGGAGCAUUAAUUAAGCCUUGGAUAUUUACUGAAAUCAAGGAGCAGAGGCACUGGGACAUUAGUUCUGGGGAGCGUUUAAAUAUUUUGAAGGACUAUGCUCGAUUUGGGCUAGAGCAUUGGGGUUCUGAUGCUAAAGGAGUGGAGACAACGAGGCACUUCUUACUGGAAUGGCUUAGUUACACACACAGGUAUAUACCUGUUGGCCUUUUGGAUGUUGUCCCACAACGACUGAACUGGCGUCCGCCCUCUUACUUUGGUCGCGAUGAUCUUGAGACGCUAAUGGCUUCUGAUUCUGCAGCUGACUGGAUUAGGAUCUCUGAGAUGUUACUUGGCAAGGUACCUGCCGACUUUACCUUUGCACCCAAACAUAAAUCAAACGCAUACGACAGAGCGGAAAAUGGUUAAAAUUGGAGGAUCGAAUAACCAGAUGGGUAUUUCAAGCAAAUGGUUCUUGCCCCUCUCAGCGCACUCUUGUGUAAUCUUAUGCUGUCACUUACAAAGGGAAGAAUAUGCUGGUGGAUUAUACAGGCCCCAUAUUAUUUAUAGUCAUUCGACGUUGCAUUAUAGUGAAAGCCGGUGAAGAUUUUUUCAGGAAGUCCAAAUUUUGGAGCACGACAUUUUUCUACUAGUGUUUUAAGUGUAGUGUAGAUGUAACCAGUGGGAAAUGAAAGCAAGUGCAUGCGAAUGGAUUUGUUUUUUACGUACUGGGAAGAUGAUGCGUAUCAAUUUAGAAUAAUUAAUCCUGCAUUCUCAUU